UUGACGGUAGCAGGCGCGUUUGCGGCUGAAACUGAAAGCCCAUCGCCCUUCCAGUUUAUCACGACAACUUCUCGUUACAAUCCUGCUUUGUUUUACAAUUUUGGAAGAUACACGACGACUGCUGCUGAUAAAUCUGGUCGGUACAAUCCUGGUCGCUAUGAUCCUGGGCGUUAUAACUCUGGACGUUAUGAUGCAGGCCGUUACGACCCGGGUAAAUAUGACCCCGGUCGUUAUGAUCCCAGUAAAUAUGACAAAUCUGGUCGUUAUAUUCCUGACAAUUCUGGCGCAUAUAACGGCGAUCGCGGAGACCGUGGUGGUGCUGGUGGUUUCUAUACUGGUUCCGGUACUGCGGGUGGCCCGGGUGGUUUCUAUAAUGGUUCCGGUACUGCAGGUGGCCCGGGAGGUUUCUACACUGGUUCCGGAACUGCAGGUGGCCCAGGAGGCUUUUACAAUCCACAAGGAGACAGUGGCUCAUCCAAUGGCGAUCGUGGCGGUCCGGGUGGUGUUAACGAUGGAAAUGCUUUUACUGGAUCAAGAACCAAUGAUACCGCUAAUACAGUUUCUUCGUUUACGUCAACAACCACUGAAUUCGCUGCAACAUCCACUGAAUUCGCUGCAACACCCACUGAAGCGCCUACCCCAACUACAGUAUUUACCCCUAGUACUUCUCUUUCUACCAGUCCGUCAUUGAGCCCAUCAUCAAAUCCAAGUACAUUUGCUGUGUUCAGUCCUACACCAACACCUGUGCCUAGUCAACCACCGCUAAUGGGGAUAAUAAGCGAAGUGAAUAACGGUAAAUACGUAUAUAAAUAUGGUAUUAUCCGUUUAGAAAAUGAUUAUCUGCCUCCCGAUGGAUAUCACUACCUUUAUGAAACUGAGAACACAAUUCUUGCUGAGGAAUCUGGAAAGGCUGAAAAAAUUGAUAAUGAAAAUUAUGGUACAAGGGCUAGAGGAUUCUAUCAAUUCGUUGCUCCCAACGGUGUCACAUAUAGAGUUGAUUACACUGCAGAUGAGCGUGGUUUUAUACCCGUUUUGACUCGAACACCUUAG